CGACAAACGCACAUGCAAGUGGAUGCAAGGAGUUUACUCCUAUCGAAAUAGUGAUCGAAGUUUGCGAUUCCGCAACCAGUAUACCAAUCCUUCUCGUUACCUCCAUGCAAGCUUACGUUUAUGCUUGGAGCGUCGGCUUGGGACGGGGUGCACAUCUGCAGGGAGAACAUAGUCAAAGAGGCCAGUCAUACUAGCGUUGAUGUGUUCAUCUAUAAGGACGGAGUUGACAUAGAGCAUCUGAGUCUCAAGCGGCACUCCUUGACAUCAAGGAAUAUCCACUUUAUUCCAUAUUUCCGACCAUACAUUCUCUGCUUUCAAGAUGCCCGCCGCCAGGUCCACCCUUGCUACUACGCAUGAGCACAGUACCUCCAUUUUUGACAACUUCAAAUCCCACUGCGAUGCCAAGCGAGUUGACACCAAGAAUACUGUCCUCACUCUGCUUCGCAAUGCUUACGAAGAUUACCUUGUCACAGAGGUGAACGCCAAAAAGAUCGUGCUGUUCGACUAUGCGUCCACUGAUAAGGCACUGCUGGCAUUGGACUCCAAUGAUGAGCAGUUUAACGCUACGAGGGACUGGAGUGCCGUAGGCGAAGGCAUUGAGAAGAAGAUGCACCCCGGUACGCUGACGGAUGACUUCCGCUUCGCGAGGUUCCAAUAUAUCUGGGAGGGCAAAGAAUUCCUUGUCUACUAUGUAGUCUGGCAGGACACCUUCUCUCAGCCAAAAAAGCUUUUCUUCAUCCUCCACCCACGCUCCGAGUCCCGCAUCAUCAACGGCCACUGCCAAGAGACCGACGCCCUGCUCCUCGCCGCAGGCGAAUGGACAUCCCAGCUGCACGAAGAGAUCUUCGUCUUUGACAACGGGUACUGGGACAAAUCCAAAGAGCUCUGGAGAUCCGUGUCGGGCGCGUCUUGGACCGACGGCUUCUUCGAUAAUCAGGAGUUGUACGCCCGAUUCUCCGCCCCCUGGAAGCGCGGCAUCAUUCUGCACAGCGUCCCUGGAAACGGAAAGACAGUAAGCAUUAAAGCGCUCAUGGCCUCUUUGUACAACCGCCCGGACCUCAUUCCCUCGCUGUACGUGAAGAGCUUCGAGACAAACUGUCAGACGGAGCACAUGGCGCCUUGUGUGCCGAUCUUUGAGGAUCUGGACUCGCUCGUCAACGAUGAUAUACGGAGUUAUUUCCUGAACGAGGUUGAUGGCCUGGAGUCGAAUGAUGGUCUUCCUAUGAUUGGGUCUACGAAUCAUCUUGGUAAGCUUGAUCCCGCGAUCAGCGAGCGCCCGAGCCGGUUUGAUCGGAAGUAUCAUUUCAAAAUCCCGGGCGAGGAGGAGCGGGAGGUGUAUGUGGAGUAUUGGCGCAACAAGUUGCUGAAGAACGAGACAGUGGAAUUUCCGGAAGAGCUGUGUGGCGUCAUUGCAAAGGUGAGUGAGGGGUUCAGUUUCGCGUAUCUCAAGGAGCUGUUUGUUAUGGCCCUGUUGAGUUUGGUGAGGGGGUUCAAGGGUGACGACUUUGAGAUUGUGGACAGAGAAGAGAAAGCCAGUAAGCCGCCUUCUGAGAUUGCAACGCCAGAGGGCGAGAAAGAGAAAGAGGAAGACGAGAAGAAGGCAGAAGAUAUUUGCACUUGCAAACCUACGUGCGGAAAGUGCUCCAAGCCUCUGCCACCUACCCUGACCGACGAGCAGAACACUAAGAAGAAAGACGAAGCCGCGGAAGCCAAGCAGGAAGUCGAGAAGAACAACAUGGUCAUGCCUAGUGUUGAAAUUCCGGCUGAGAUGAAGAACAACCUGCUGCUGAAGGUAAUUCAACAUCAGGCGCUCCCUCGGCCACAUCAGAUAAUUCAGAUCUCAACACUCAUCUUAGAUCCCAGGUGGAGAUCGGUAUUUGAGGAGCAGAUGAAGCAGGGUAUCCACGAGCAGGAAGAUACCGUACCUAACUGGAGUCGGUCUCCACAAAACAAAGGGACCCUCGUGCGGUUAUAUCGGAGCGUCCGUGGUAGCGUACCGCAGAACUACCGCUCGUGUGCGCAGAUUGAACUUUGA